CCCCCCGCCCCCUUGACAGGAAACUGUCUACACUGAAGCGGUUUCAGGGGCCCACUUUGUUUCCAACACUGAUCAAUUGCAGAAGAUGUUAUUGUCAAUAUAUGUUGAGCUGGCGUUUCUACAUUUAGCAACCUCAAGUCCUAAAAUAGUCGGGAAUUGCAAAGAAAAUGGUACUUUAAACUGUGAUGGAAUCGAAAAGGGCUCCUUCAACGCUAUCACAUGGACCAAGCAACCGUCUUUCCGUAUAAUCAGAAGAAGCCGUGGUGAGAUUUGGCCAUAUGAUUUCAAUCGGACUGCUUACCUGACCGAUGAAAACAGCCUUCUUCUCCCUGACCUUACGCCUGAAGACUCAGGAACCUACGAGUGUCUGAUCGGGGCAAACCCCGGGGGUAAGAACUCCAGGUUUGAGGUGAUCCUGGAGGUUCCAGUUUGUGUGACUGAGCCCCCCGUUCCUGAGCCCCCCGUUCCUGAGCCACCUGAUCUGCCCAUCCCACAGACAGUUGGCUGUUUCCUGGCCAUAUGCCUUCUCAAACUUAUUCUGCCCAUCAUUGUGGCCCAAGUGUUUCACGGCUUGCGGAGAGAAGAGUGAGAACCCCCUGCCUUUGAGUUAAUUUAAUUUAAGUUGUAACAUUAAUUGUAUUCCUUUGUAUACCAUAACAGCUGACUUUGUGUGCAUCCCACCCCUUUAUGCUAUAUUAUCCAAUAGUAUUUUUUAAAGAAUAAUUUUCUGUACUUGCUAUUGAAGGAUUGAAUCCUCUUUCUGUCAUCCUAAAGAUACCUUGUAACUAGACAGCCCAUAGGGUAUGGGCAUUUUAACGUCAGAUGAUGGAGUUGCUGAAUUUUGUUCGAUAGUUCAAGUGGAAUAUUUAUGGACCGGACAUGGACAUUCACUGGCAGGGCUUUAAGCUGCAGGUCCUAACCCGAACCGUUCCUUCAAUAAAGUAUUUUUUCAAAGUAAAUCAAUACAAUAACUCAUACCACAACAUGUUAAAUGGCCCACAUGAUCAUGAUUGUUCAGUCACCCUCGCGUUCCGAGUGUGUUCAUGUUACUAUAUUAUAAAAAAAAAAGAAAAAAGAAAUGCAACGCCUAAUAAUCUAUGUCUAUUUAAGCCGAUUAAAUUGAUAAGACAACGAUAUAGAUAGAAGUAACUAAUAUCUAAUCAUAGUUGGUAACUGUUUUUAUUCAACGUCUCCCCCGUCUGCUGUCUUAAUGACGAUUUGCCGGAUACUAAUAUGAUAGAAUAUGUUUUCGCAAUCAUGAAAAUGUUUCACGAUAGUGGCUUCAUCCAGAUUACAAACAAACAGCGCCACACACCACACACACACACACACACACACACACACACACACACACACACACACACACACACACACACACACACACACACACACACACACACACACACACACACACACACACACACACACACACACU